ACUUUGGCCACAGUGCAGAUGCACAGGCAGCUGGGGCAGGGCUUCUUUUCCUUUCGUGAGUCGAGCAGACAGCAGCUGCAGCUGUGCCUUUCAACCUGGGAGUGCCCAAAGGUGGGAGAAGUGCAGAAAUGCUCCUGCCAUGCCGGAGAGGGGUCCUAAGUUGUUAAUGGCUCUGGCAUCCCAAAGGAAGCAAUCAUUCGGUGAAGCUGUCAGCAGAAAAACCAUGUGUCGGUCGGACAAGGUCAGCAGAAUGAUGGCCUUGCAGGAGCAGGUCUGGCCAGUCCCAAUGAAGGCAAUUGGAGCACAAAACCUUCUGACAAUGCCUGGAGGAGUCACCAAGGCAGGGUAUCUUCAUAAAAAAGGAGGCACCCAGCUGCAGAUCCUGAAAUGGCCACUGAGAUUUGUGAUUAUCCAUGAGGGAUGUAUCUACUAUUUUAAGAGCAGCACAUCUGCAUCUCCCCAGGGUGCAUUUUCUUUGAAAGGUUACAACAGGGUUAUGCGGGCAGCUGAGGAGACAACAUCAAGCAAUGUGUUUCCUUUCAAGUUAGUUCACAUAAGCAAGAAGCACAGGACGUGGUUUUUUUCAGCUUCUUCUGAAGAUGAAAGAAAGAAUUGGAUGCUGUCCUUGAGAAGAGAAAUUGGUCACUACCAUGACAAGAAAGAAACAUUAAUAGAAUUCAGUGACUCUGGUUCUGAUGCAGACAGUUUCUAUGGCUCAGUAGAACGUCCCAUUGACAUCAAGUACUCCCAUCAUUCAGCAGAUAAUGAAGAUUAUGACCAGGAGGAAGAGGAUGAGUCUUAUUUGCAGCCAGAUACUUCUGACAUAGUGAAAGAUGAUAUGGUCCUGCCCCCUGCAUACCCACCUCCGCCCGUUCCUCACGUCAGGAAAUCUGCCUUAGAAGCGAGGGCACACUCCUAUUCUGGCAAACCAACUGCACCAGUGCCACCACCACCUCCCAAGAGAAGCUUGCCUGAAAUCAAGCUAGAGCCUCCCCCUGUGCCCCCUCUACCUGUGUUCAAAAAGCCUCCAAGUGGCAAAGGGUCUCACCCACUGCCUCCAGAGCCUCUGCCUCCAGCACAAGUCCUUGCUCCUCCAGAAGCAUGCGAGAAGCUGAAAAGCUUAAACCUUUCCCCACGGACUCCUCCUCCUCUGCCAGGCAAUAAACCCAAGUUGUCACAGCUUGUUGAAAAGCUAGCAGAGCCCAAAGUGCCACGGGAACAUGGUAAACCUGGACUGUUUGUGCCACCAGUGCUCCCAAAGCCACCUGUGCCGAGCCACCAGCCCCCUGCAGUCAAGCCUAGAACAGAGAAAUCUUUAUGUCACCAGUUACAGAGAUCACCACCAGAUGGACAAAGUUUUAGAAGUUUUUCAUUUGAAAAACCAGCACUACCCUCCAAGCCAAGCCAACCUGAUGAUAACUCUGAUGAUGAUGAUUAUGAAAAAGUUGGGCUGCCUGCUUCGAUAUUUCUUAAUACCUCGGAAUCCUUUGAAGUUGAAAGGAUAUUUAAAGCUAGUAGCCCACAAGGACAACCACAAAACGGAUUGUACUGUAUUAGGAACUCAUCUACUAAGCCUGGAAAGGUAUUGGUUGUAUGGGAUGAACCUCCAGGAAAAGUGAGAAACUACAGAAUCUUUGAAAAGGAUGGCAAGUUUUACCUGGAUUCAGACAUCAUGUUUUUGAACAUGGGGAGUUUGGUGGAAUACUACAGCACUCAUGUCUUACCCAGUCAUGACAGCCUGAUUCUCAGGUGUCCUUAUGGUUACUCGAAGCCAAGGUGACGUGACAAUCAUGGUUCACUGACACCCCUGAGGACAGGACUCCUGCCACUGCUGGACAUCCCGCUGUUUGCACACACAAACUGAGUCUGUUUCCACCAUUUAUUCUCACAUGAAUUGUUAUAUAAAUUCCUUUUAAUGAACUUCUGGUAAAACCUUAAAGUCCAGAUCAGUGGAUUUUAUGGUCUUUCCUUUUAUGAAGAUUUGAACUGAUUAUGCUGUGAAAGCUGUCCAGGAUACCCCACCUUUUAUGAAAUUGCUGCUAUUACUAAUCUCCUCAGAAUGUCGAAGAUGAACAUGAACGAAGAAGUGAUCUGAAUACAACUGAUCUAGAAAAUGAAAGUAUGUCAGAAUUUAUUUGUGACAGGGAAUACUAAUACUCUGACUUGGAGGUACUACUCCUAAAGUCAGCAUUGGUGCUCAACUGAGAUAUUUUGUAUUAUUUGUAUAGUUGAUAUGUACAUAAUGAAGAUUUCUGUGCAAAAUAUUUGAUUUACUAUAGGUAAAGAUGAUCAGGAAAUGAGGCUUUUUUUUAAGCCACCUCUUACAUCCUUGUACCUUCUGAGUACAGUAAUCACUAUCAGGUACUAUCUGGCUGGUAUGGUGUGGCAUCCCAAAAACUGCUUAAUGACAUGCACUUCAGAUAAGUAUGGAACAAUAGUAAUUUAGCUUUCAUGGGAGCCCCGUUACCGAGUUCCGAACUAGAAGGGUUUGUGCCACUGGUAUUUUUAAAGGGUAUGAGAAAAGAGAAAGGGUUGCUUGAGUUUUUGGGGGAAGUGAAGGCAGCCAUUUGAAAGUUCCAAAUUCCAACUAGCAGUUUUAUCUCACAUCACCAUAGUCAAAGGUUCUUCAAACAAAGCACAAAAAACACAUGAAACCAUGAUUGUGACGCUACUAUCAAUCCAUAAAUCCUUGUGGUCACUCUUAAGAACAGGUUGUCAGCCCAUUGAAUUCUUUUCUGUUCUAGGGCAAAACACACUACCCUAGUCUGCUACCACCAAUUUUCCAUUGUUAGAAUUUCUACUCAGUUUGUAGUUGCAUACAGAAAAAAAAAGAAUCUGUUUUUAAUAUACUAUCAAUGACAGACAUUACCAGGGUGCUUUUACUAUUUGUUUCCUAACAUUUUUGGGCCAGGUAUCCUAAAUCCAAAGGUUUGAUGUUUAUGCCAAAAUUACUUUUGGAGAAGAAAUUUAUUUUAACAGUCUUUUAAGUAAUUCUAUUGAUCCAAAAAUACUGUCAUAAUGGUCUCAUACUCUACUAAAGUUUACAACACUUGUAAAAGUUUAUACAUACCCACUUUAAUCUUGUUACCAUUAGAUGGUCAUAACUUUAAAGUCAUAACAAAGCCAUUACAGAACAAGAAUUUGCUUUUUAUGAAAACAAUAAACAAGGAUUUAGUCCCUAGGGAAUUCUCCUUACUUAUCAGAUGGAAUAUGAGGAUCAUACAGAUACCUGAUCCUCUCUAAAGAAGGCUAAACCAAGACAGCAUUUUAAAAACUUUUUUGGCAAAUAGUUAUAUGUAUAUCAGAGUAAGUUCAAGUUUUUUGCAAUAUUCACACCUAACUGUCUACAGAGUAAGAUUUUUCUCUGGGAAUAAUUGCCUUCAUUGUGUCAUGACAAUCAUAUUUAUAGUAUGCUCUCUUUGGGGCCCUAGUCAAAUAUUUGAUUGUUUGCUCAACCUUACACUCAGAAAAUUUUUAAAUUGUAAACAUCCUUUUAAACCAUAACACUCUCUUUACCUGUGUAAUACAAGAGUUGCAAAUAUGUAAAUUUUUGUGUUAAUUCCCUUUUGUAUCUAAAUGUAUAGA